CACCCGUUUCCGGCCGCGGCUGGCUUCUCCCGCCUGUGCGCCGCCGCGGCUCGUGGUCGUCCCGCCAUGGCACUGUCGCGGGGGCUCUCCCGGGAGCUGGCCGAGGCCGUGGCCGGUGGCCGGGUGCUGGUCGUGGGCGCGGGCGGCAUCGGCUGCGAGCUCCUCAAGAACCUCGUGCUCACCGGCUUCUCCCACAUCGACCUGAUUGAUCUGGAUACUAUUGAUGUCAGCAACCUCAACAGGCAGUUUUUAUUUCAAAAGAAACAUGUUGGAAGAUCAAAGGCCCAGGUUGCCAAAGAAAGUGUACUGCAGUUUUACCCGAAAGCUAAUAUCAUAGCCUACCAUGACAGCAUCAUGAACCCUGACUAUAAUGUGGAAUUUUUUCGACAAUUUAUAUUGGUUAUGAAUGCUUUAGAUAACAGAGCUGCCCGCAACCAUGUUAAUAGGAUGUGUCUGGCAGCUGGCGUCCCUCUUAUUGAGAGUGGAACUGCUGGUUAUCUUGGGCAAGUAACUACUAUCAAAAAGGGUGUGACUGAGUGCUAUGAAUGUCAUCCCAAGCCAACCCAGAGAACUUUUCCUGGCUGUACAAUUCGUAACACACCUUCAGAACCUAUUCAUUGCAUCGUUUGGGCAAAGUAUUUGUUCAACCAGUUGUUUGGGGAAGAAGAUGCUGAUCAAGAAGUGUCUCCUGACAGAGCUGACCCUGAAGCUUCCUGGGAACCAAUGGAAGCUGAAGCCAGAGCCAGAGCAUCUAAUGAAGAUGGUGACAUUAAACGUAUUUCUACUAAGGAAUGGGCUAAAUCAACGGGAUAUGAUCCAGUUAAACUUUUUACCAAGCUUUUUAAAGAUGAUAUCAGGUAUCUGUUGACGAUGGACAAACUGUGGCGGAAAAGGAAACCUCCGGUUCCAUUGGACUGGGCUGAAGUACAAAGUCAAGGAGAAGAAACCAAUGCAUCAGAUCAACAAAAUGAACCCCAGUUAGGUCUGAAAGACCAGCAGGUUCUAGAUGUAAAGAGCUAUGCACGUCUUUUUUCAAAGAGCAUUGAGACUUUGAGAGUUCAUUUAGCAGAAAAAGGGGAUGGAGCUGAGCUCAUAUGGGACAAGGAUGACCCAUCUGCAAUGGAUUUUGUCACCUCUGCUGCAAACCUCAGGAUGCAUAUUUUCAGUAUGAAUAUGAAGAGCAGAUUUGAUAUAAAAUCCAUGGCAGGGAACAUUAUUCCUGCUAUCGCUACUACUAAUGCAGUGAUUGCUGGGUUGAUAGUAUUGGAAGGAUUGAAGAUUUUAUCAGGAAAAAUAGACCAGUGCAGAACAAUUUUUUUGAAUAAACAACCAAACCCAAGAAAGAAGCUCCUUGUGCCUUGUGCACUGGAUCCUCCCAACCCUAAUUGCUACGUAUGUGCCAGCAAGCCAGAGGUGACCGUGCGGCUGAACGUCCAUAAGGUGACUGUUCUCACGUUACAAGAUAAGAUAGUGAAAGAAAAAUUUGCUAUGGUAGCACCAGAUGUCCAAAUUGAAGAUGGGAAAGGAACAAUCCUAAUAUCUUCAGAAGAGGGAGAGACAGAAGCAAAUAAUCACAAGAAGUUGUCAGAAUUUGGCAUUAGAAAUGGGAGCCGGCUUCAAGCAGACGACUUCCUUCAGGACUACACUUUAUUGAUCAACAUCCUUCAUAGUGAAGACCUAGGAAAGGAUGUUGAAUUUGAAGUUGUUGGUGAUGCCCCAGAAAAAGUGGGGCCCAAACAAGCUGAAGAUGCUACCAAAAGCAUAACCAAUGGCAGCGACGAUGGAGCUCAGCCUUCCACAUCCACAGCACAAGAGCAAGAUGAUGUGCUCAUAGUUGAUUCAGAUGAAGAAGGUCCUUCAAAUAAUGCUGACAUCAGUGAAGAAGAGAGAAGUCGCAAGAGGAAAUUAGAUGAGAAAGAGAAUGUCAGUGCAAAGAGGUCACGCACAGAACAGACAGAAGAGCUUGAUGACGUUAUAGCGUUAGAUUGAACAGAAACGCCUCUAGAAAGAACCCUCUUACUGCCUUAGGUCAUCUGGGCAGAACCAGGUUGUUAUGUCCUUUGUUCCAAAGGGAAAAAAUUUACACCAGUGACUUGAAGACAAUUCUACUCCCUUUUAAAGCAUUUGUUUUGCUAGAACUAUUAGGAACAUUGCGGUAUGCUGUAUUGAAAGUAGGAAUAUAGUUUUAAAACCCUUUGAACAAAGUGUGUGCAUAACGAGUCAUGAGAUGAAACAACACAAUGCAUGUUGCCUUUUUAAUGUAAAUACUCUUAGGUAUCAUUUAAUAGUUUUAAAAUAUUGUGGUUUAGUAAAGUUGAUACCUGGUUAUAAAUAUUAUGCCUUUAUUUUUGGUUAGAAGAAGAAUUAUUUUUAGCCUAGAUCUAACCAUUUUCAUACUCUUAACUGACUGAAACAGAUUCAAAGAAGUAUCAAGUGCUAUGCAUUGAGAUUUGUUUUUAAAUGUUAACUGGCACUAUGUAUAUUAAUGUAAAACAAUGUUAAUUUACUCAAGUUUUCAGCUUGUACUGCCUGGUAUGUCUGUGUAAGAAGCCGAUUUUUGUGUAUUGUUACAGUUUCAGGUUAUUUAUAUUUGAUGUUUUGUAAAACUCAAAACUAUACUGUACUUAUGGACCAAAUAAAUGGCAUCUACAUACUUGUUCUACAUGCCUGCACAGUGCACGUGUCUGCUGCCUUAUUGGGUUUAUACAUUGUAUUUACCGCAGGCAUGCCAAAUUCUUUCCUUUUACAAAAUUAACUUGUAAUGGAUGUGAAGGUUAAAAGAUCUCCACUGUUUGCCAUAGAUGAGCUUUUAAUGACUAUAUGUUGCUUUUUAAAUUUGGAUUGUAAACAAUUGGCCGUUUGUUGAGAACGUUUAAGUCAUCUUUGCCCACCCCCAGUAACUUGGAGCCUUGGAUUUGAGAUUCCAGAGGGGGAGAGCUUUUCUCCAUUCUGCCGUCUUCUCUGGGUUGUCCCCUAGUUCAUCAGAGUCCAUUCAUGAGUGUACCAUUCAGGGCCCAACUCCAGCCUACAGAUGUGGCCAGACCAGCGCUGGGUGGAUUAGCACUCAAAUCUCUGCCCUGGACCUCAGAAGGCCUUGGCCCUGAGGAUACUCUCCUCACACAGAUGUGCCUUGAGUUUUCAGAUAACAGAAACCCGUGAAGCUGUUUCCCCCAUCGUGUACCUCUGCCUUUGAUGUUUUUGGCCACAGGCAACUAAAUUUGAAAUUGAUAAUUCAUUUUAUUGUUCCACUUUGUGUAAUUCUUACUCUGCCAUCCAGCUUAACUCUUACUCCUUGUUUUAUAUCAUUUGUAAAUUCAGCAUGUAAUCAAAGCCUUCAGAAAAGUCAUCUUGAAGAAGCCUCGGCCCUCAGGAGCAUGCUGCUUGAUGCCUGCAGGAUGGACUGACCUCCAGCCUUCUGAUAGAGCAACUACGAGCAAGCUGGAUCCCCACCCCCAACUCUGUCAGCCUAUGAGGUUCACUUUGCCUUUAGAUUUUUAGAAAAGUGUUUCAUUUUCCUCCAGAAAAGAAAUUUCAGAAUUUACGGAACUGUGUAACAGAUAAAAAUGAAAUAUCCUGGAAUACCACCUCUCAGAAAUAAGUUCUGCUUGACUGGUUGGUCACUGAUGAUUUUCAGUUUUGAAAUUUUGAGUUCUGAAAAGCUCUCCAGAAAUGUGCAUUUUGAAAUUCUUUCCAUUCCUUAAGACCUCACCCUGUCUUUUU